GUUGCUCUGCCUCUGGGAUGUAGAAACUUGCUGCUGCUGCUGCUGCUGCUGAUUCGCUGCAUCUCAAUCUGCUCCCACAAUUCAACAGGCAACAAAGGAAGAAAGGAAGAAGAGGCCGUGAGCUACAAUAAAGUGUGAGCCAACCUGGACAGAAAGAAGACACCUUAUUGUGUCAUAAACCCGCACGUUUAGAGAAAGAAGAACCAACAACCCGGCCUGACAUGAACAUGUUAUAACACUGUCGUUUGGGAGCAGAGAGCUGACUAAAGAGGAAGGGGAUGUUUUCGACUAGCAGAUGCUAACAAAGCUAGCUGAGUGACCUAGCUAAGCUAACAUUAGCCAACAGUCGUGAAGGAGGUUCGUGUUGUUACAGGACACAUGCCAACACUUCUGGGUUAUUUUGCAGAGUAAGACACGAAGGAGUGACCUGCAUCAAAUGAAAGGUGGUGGUGGAAGUGGAACUUGACCCAUCACAACUGAGUCACCAUUUCCCUGCACAUAAUGGGUUUGAUGGCUCCACUGUUUGCAUGACUUGUUUCGUGCGGCCUGAUGGGAGGACGCUGUGGAUAGUACUUUCAUCAGGAUACCAGGAGAGCCAACCCAUGCCCCCGCUUUGGAGGGCCUGUCAGAAUGAAGAAGAUAAGCCUUAAGACCAUCCGCAAGUCCCUCAGCAUAAAGGGCAAAGAGGAGGGUGACUUUGUCAUGCUCCAGCAGCCCUCGGUGACUACAGAGUUUUCUAAGGAAGAGUCACUUUUUGGGGGCUGCUACACCAAAGAGCUCUCUGGCUGCGACCUUGGUGGUGAGGAGGACAAAGGAGGCCAGAAUAAGGGCCGCUCAAAGAGCGAGAGCCUGAUGGGAUCGCUAAAGAGGAGACUGUCUGCUAAGCAGAAGGCGAAAGUGAAAGGCAGCUCCUCUGCCAUAGGCUCAGUGGAAGACGACGACAACUUCUCAUCCUCUUCCGUGCCCAUCAGCUUCAAUGAGGUGAAAGCCCAGAGACCCCUUAGAUCUGCAUCCCUACGGAGUCACCAUUAUAGCCCCUCGCCGUGGCCUCUGCGGUCAGUCAACUCUGACGAGGCGUGCAUAAAGAUGGAGGUAAAAGUUAAAGCCAUGGUUCACUCUCCCAGCCCAAGUCCCAACUUAAAUGGUGUCCGGAAAGAAUUUCAUGAUUUUCAAAUGGAAGGGCUCUUUCAGGACCAAGCAGAAUCCUUAAAGAAUCUCCAGCAGACACAAAACGGGGAUCUGCAUCUAGAUAUUGAUGAAAAUGACGUGCCUGUGGUGCUGGGGUUGACUCCCCAGGACUACAUCCAGUACACAAUGCCUUUAGAUGAGGGAAUGUACCCAGAAGGGUCCCACUCCUUCUGCCUGGACAGCUCCUCUCCUAUGGAGGUGGUGACUGAAGCAGACAAUGGGUCCCUCCACACAGACCAGGGACAGGAGGAGCAUGAACUGGUUAGUGGGAUGCCUCCGGAUCUCUUCAUGGAAACCUCAGUUAAUAGUCUUCUCAUCGGUUCCGCUGGUUUGAUGCUCCAAAGCUGUAGAGCAGAGGUCCCACCUCCCCUCUCUCCACUCCUGCCGCCCAUGAUAAGUAAUGGACUUCUUCCGAGGACUUUUUCAGGGUUCAGCUCUUCGGACAGCCAGAUGGCCGAGAGGGUAAGACACCACCUCAACUUUGACCCGCAUACAGCUCCUGGGGUCAGUCGGGUGUACGACUCGGUCCAGACCAGCGGGCCCAUGGUCGUCACCAGUCUGACCGAGGAGCUGAAGAAGCUGGCGAGGCAGGGCUGGUACUGGGGCCCCAUCACGCGCUGGGAGGCGGAGGAAAAGCUGGUCAACUUGGCCGACGGCUCAUUCCUGGUCAGAGACAGCUCAGAUGACAGGUACCUGCUCAGCCUGAGUUUCAGGUCACAGGGCAAAACCCUCCACACCCGCAUCGAACACUCCAACGGACGCUUCAGCUUCUACGAGCAGCCCGACGUGGAGGGACACACGUCCAUCGUUGACUUAAUCGAACACUCUAUCAGAGACUCGGAAAAUGGAGCUUUUUGCUAUUCCAGGUCUCGCCUACCAGGGUCCGCAACCUACCCCGUCAGACUAACCAACCCAGUAUCUCGGUUUAUGCAAGUGCGCUCGCUGCAGUAUCUCUGUCGCUUUGUCAUUAGACAAUACACAAGGAUAGACCUGAUCCAGAAACUGCCCUUACCUAACAAGAUGAAAGAUUAUCUGCAGGAGAAGCACUACUGAGGACACAGAGAUAGGACAGUGGUAGCAAUUUGCACUUUUGUGUUCAGUUAAGAGAUUUAAACAAGGUUUACAGACAACCACAGUUUUGAGACGAUUGGUUCUGGUGGCUCUUGAUUUGUGUCCAGGUGACUCUGUCACUGUUAAGUCCUCCAUUCCACUGUUCUGGGUUUGUUUUCGCUGGUUUCAGGAGGCUCUGCUUCCAGAAACAUAGGCCAGCAAAUAAUCUAUAGAAGAGAUAUACAGCCAAGUUGUCUUAGUUGCAUAGAUUAAGUGCAGAACAUUAGACAUGCAUUGGGAUGUAUGGUAAGUGUAACAUCCAGCUGUGCAAGUAGAGCAGAAAUUGAGUCUGUAGGAAAAAAUAAAUUUCCACUCUGAAUUUGAAAAUUAAUUUAACUUUUUAUCCACCAAAUUGUACAUUUUAAAAGAUGAAGAAAAGUAUUGCUACAAUGAAGUUUGUAAAUCAGAUGUUAAGCUCUCUGCAGACUGACCAAUUUUGAUCAUCUUUAGCUUUUUAUUACUUGUCAGAUUGUGCAUUAUGAACCAUCUUUUUCAGCGCGACCAGACUGCAUUCGGCAAAUCUGUGCAAUUUGUCAAAUCGCAAGGCUAGGCUUCAUCGUAUGUAACAAGUGAUGAUGGCCAGCCUAUGAUUUUCAUAUUAACCAGAUUUUUGAAAAAUGUACAAACUUAACUCCUUAUCCAAUGGAUGCAGUUUCUUCCUCAGGUAUUAUCUGGCUCUGUCACUGACUCUGUCAUGUCAUGCAGCUGACAUACUACAAAUACAUUAGUGCAUCAGUAUGCAUAGCCUAGUGCAGGCUUUAUUUUUGAAUUUGUCAUGCUUCCUACUUUCAGUUGUACAAACUUGGACAUUAAUAGAAAUGGAUGCGUAUUGGUCAAACAAAAAACUCUUAACACUAACCUCAGCACCAUAUCAAUAAAAAACUAAAUCAGAGUAACCAGGUCCACAACAUUAACAACAUUUUUCUGCAAAAGAUGUCUAAAAUGUGCUAGUCUGUGAGAGGGUUUAAACCGUUCGGUCAGAGAAAAAGUAACUUUAAAUUGUACGGCUGCAUGUAGCCAUUAUAUAAUGUGCAAGCCUAAAGGUACUGACGAUGCUGGAUUUUAAUGUGCUGUUUAUAGAAACGGCAUCAAGUUAAUGUAUGAAAUAACUAUUUUACCGUUCAAAUUUAAAUCUUUCUGCAUUAGGAAUGUUACAAAAACUGCACCGCAGCUCAGGCCUAACAACUUUGUCACUAUCUAAUGCUUGUAUGUGCAUGUAGUAAGUAAAAGGCUUUACGACGGUCGAUUAAGGGCACUGUAGAGUUACUCUAAAUGAGGGAGGAUGUCACGGUUAUAGAGUAUUGUUUAAGGCUGUUUAAUGCACAAUUACCAUUUACCUUAGGCCGUUAAUAAGUGAAGAAAAUUGCCCUCAGUUAACCUACAACUGAAAAAAAACAGACCUCUAGUCAAUUGCAAUGAGCCGGACCCAGAUCAAAAGAAUCCCAGAAAAUGUGUGAGCUUAGGUAAAAGGAUUUGGGAAAGCCAGGGUUGAGUCCUCCUCGCCAUCUUGGAGUGAUGCCAGGGGUUUCAGCGUACAACAAAAGUUCCAUCACAGCUGCAUGGCAUCGUUAGUGUCAUAUGGGUUUAAGGACAUUUUAAAAAAAGCAAUUUUUCGCCAUUGCUUAUUCACAUUGUUCCCACACGGAGCUGCACUACCCCACAGAUUGUCUCUACUUGGCUGUUUGUGCCAGAGUAAAGGGAAGAGCACACAGUAUGCUACGCAAGUGCUUUAUAUGGAUACUUUGACAGGGAAUUGUGUUUUCACAUUAUGAAUGAGCAUCUUUUUUGACAUCAGUGUCCUUUUUAAAAAAAGUAUUUGGAAAAUGGUCUCUCGGACAACUUUUGGUAGGUCGUUAGCGCAUAGUUCUAGUUUUAGUUAGCUGGAAAUGUCGGUGUCUGAGGAAGUUACCAUGAAUCUAGCACAGCAGAAAUUAGAUAGGAACUUUGAAUGGUGUUGCAUGUUUUAAAGACUUAUAAAGCUUUGAGUUGUAUAGGAAUGAAGGAUCUAGGUCGUGCGUUUGGCUGUGUAGAGGGAUGUUUUUUUUCUGUCACAAACAUUGGCUGGACAUUCUGUGUACAAGAAAUGUAUUUUUCUUUUUAGAAUCCUUUUAUGUGAGUUUUUUUAUUUUGUGACAUUUGCCAUCUGGGGGGAUGGGGCUGUACAAAAAGGAAUGUACGCUUUUGUUUGAGGUAUCCAUUUUUAUCUGCCUGCAGACCAGUUUCAGAAAGCAUGAGAAUCAUAAAACGUCACAUUUUUUGCACUUGAAUAAUUCUCCAUUGACAUGCUUGGAUCCUCUUCCUGCCUAGAGUUUUUCCUUCAGAUGGCAGUUUGAAAAAAAAAAAAAGAAAAGAUAAAGUCACACAUUUGUCCU